AUGCCCGAAAGCCCGAAGCCCCUCUUCUCCGAAGACCGCCCCUCCUCCGAACAAUCUAGCGAACGACAUGUGGAGGAGGAAGACGCCUUACUGACUGGCCAACAUAAACCCCAACAGAGCAAAUAUGGCUGGCCUUUUUGGAGAGAAAUAGGAAUAUUUGCUUGGGCCGUCAUCGCUACAGCCGCGGUGAUCGUCCUUGCUGUUCUAUACCAACACCAGCAGACGUCGCAUCCUACAAAGUCGGGCGGAUGGGGAAAGAAUGGAAAGCCGAGUGGAAAGAGGAAUCUGAUAUUCAUGGUAUCAGAUGGUAUGGGACCGACUAGCUUGUCGUUGACGAGGAGCUUCAGGCAGACGCAGAGCGGUUUGCCGCUUGAUGAUGUUCUGGUAUUGGAUCAGCACCUUAUUGGGUCCUCGAGAACGAGGAGCACAUCGAGCCUGAUCACUGAUUCUGCAGCUGGCGCUACGGCCUUUUCGUGUGGAAUGAAGAGCUAUAAUCAUGCUAUCUCUGUGCUUCCCGAUCAUUCGCCCUGCGGGACUGUGCUUGAGGCCGCGAAGAAGGCGGGAUACUUGACAGGACUGGUGGUUACGACACGCAUUACCGACGCUACGCCGGCGUGCUUUGCUGCACACGUGAACCAGAGAUCAGAAGAAGACCUCAUUGCAGAGCAGGAGAUUGGAGAACAUCCGCUGGGAAGAGUGCUGGAUCUCGUGCUUGGGGGAGGCCGAUGCCAUUUCCUGCCUAAUACCACGGACGGGUCUUGCAGACACGAUGACAAGGAUGUGGUAGCUAUGGCGAAGAAGAAUGGAUUUAGCUACGUGGAUGAUCGGAAGAGUUUUGAUGGACUGAGUUCUGGCAGUGGUGUCAAGUUGCCGUUGCUUGGAUUGUUUGCCAAAACGGAUAUUCCGUAUGAGGUCGACCGCAGGAAUAUGGAUGAUGUCUACCCUUCGCUUGAUGAAAUGUCACAGACUGCGCUGAGGGCUUUGAGUGAUGCAACGAAGGACAGCGAUCAGGGUUUCUUUCUCAUGAUUGAGGGAAGCAGGAUUGACCAUGCUGGUCAUGGGAAUGAUCCUGUCGCACAGGUGCAUGAGGUGUUGGCAUACGACAAGGCCUUCACCAGUGUCCUCGACUUCUUAGACAAGGAUACCGUGGAGGGUGUACUCGUUGGCACCAGUGAUCACGAAACAGGCGGACUGGCGACGGCUCGACAACUCCACGAUGCCUACCCUGUCUACCGCUGGUACCCUGACAUGCUCAUCAACUCCACUCACUCCGCCGAAAAUCUUGCCUACCAACUCCGUGAUCAUCUUGCAAAGCAAGGCAAAAGCCCAAGAGAAGACCUAGCAACCUACAUCCGCGAAAAGCUCAUCGAGCAAGGCCUGGGAGUCUACGAUGCUACGGAUGACGAGAUCAAUCGCUUGGUAGAUAACUCGGAUCCAUGGCCUGCCUCCUACAUCUUUGCGGACAUCAUUAGUCGGAGAGCCCAGGUUGGGUGGACUACGCAUGGCCAUUCUGCCGUGGACGUCAACAUCUAUGCCUCCAGUCCCAAACACGCCCAUCCCCUUAUCGGCAACCACGAGAAUACGGAAAUCGGCAUCUUCUUGCGGGAAUACCUAGACGUGGAUACCGAAGCCGUGACAAAAGAGCUCAGGGAACAACUGGCAACUUCGUCGAAGUUUAAGAACUGGCUAGGAAAGCCGGUCGAUGAUGUGAAAACGAUGGCGGAUAUGGAUCAUUAUCAGGGAGAUUUUAAGAGAAAUCUGGAGUGUGGAUGUGGUGCUGUACACUAG